AUGUGGGGCCUGCAAAAACUUCCCAUCACGGUGGUCCUCUGUUUGCUUCUUCUUGCUUCACUGUUGCCCAGCUCUGAGGCUCGCCGUGGUCGUGGAGGAGGAGGCUUUGGCAGAGGAAUGGGAGGAGGUGGCUUCAGCCGGGGAUGGGGCGGUCAGGCCUAUAGACCCGUCCAGAGCAGUGGUCCCAGUGCAGGAAAAAUAGCCGGGGCAGCUGCUGCAGGAGCAGUAGGGGGAGCUAUGCUGGGAUCUGCACUGAGUCGCCCCGGGCACGGGUAUGGAUAUGGUGGAGGUUAUGGUGGAUAUGGUGGAUACGGAGGUUAUGGAGGUUAUGGGGGAUAUGGAGGAUAUGGAGGGGGAUUCGGCCCCUCACGAUAUGGCGGUGGCUAUGGUUCUAGGCCUGCCUAUGAGCCUGAGGGCUCUGGUGAUUUGGAGUACUAUACUGGAGCCUCCAGUGGCCCCAUCUACAACAGCAUCAUUGUUGUCAUUGGAUCCCUAAUGUCCCUGUUCAUUGGCCACUGGGUGGCAGUCAUGUAG